AUGAAGACCUUCACCCUCCUCUGCCUUUUCGCCUCCGCCAUCGCAGCUCCAGCUCCCCAAGCCUCAGGCACCACCAACUGCGCCGCCAUCCAAACCAAGCUCGAGCAAGGCAUCCAAGCCAACCUCGACAUUCAAGCCCAAGAGCUAAAAGGCGUGUACGCCCUAAAACUUCAAGGCGGAACCGCCGGCUUCAAUGCCACCCAGACCUCCGUUCUUGCAAUCCAACAACGCGGCGUCGACAUUCGCGCCAACAACCAGAAACUCGCCAAAGAGAUCAACAGCCCGGCUGCUGAUGGACUGGCUAUUGUAGCUGGUGCGCAGACCAAGGAGAUUGAUCAAGUCAAGAGUUUGAAGGGUAAUGCAGCGGCGGAUGGAGAGACGAUCAAGAUGUUGGUGCAGGAGGUCAUGGAUGGGACGAUGCAGAAUCAGAAGAACUUACAGGCGGCAAAGGGUCAGGCAUGUGCGAAGUAG